AUGGUAAGAACGGUAAAAACGUCUCUUAGUCGUGUCCCACCAGCAGGUAGAAACUUGGUGCUUGACAGGCUAGUGCCUGAUUUGGUUCUUCAAGAUGCUGCAUUUACUAAUACAGAUGAAUUUAAACAAAUAAGAUAUACUGCUAUUACAUGUGAUCUUGAUGACUUUAAAAAUAAUAAUUUUUUAAUUCGACAAAAAAUUUAUGAACAAGAAACUGAAAUUUUGAUUGUCAUAACUUUAUAUAAUAAAGAUGAAAGAUCAAGUAUUUGGGAAUCUGAUGGUUGGAAAAAAGUUGUUGUAUUGAUAAUAUCAGAUGGCCGUAAUAAAAUCAAUGAUGAAAUUUUGAAAGUAUUAGCUAUCAUGGGUAUUUAUCAAGGGAGAAUCAUACAAUUUCAUGUUAAUAAAAAACCAGUCAUUGCACAUUUUUUUGAAUAUACUACACAAAUAAUUAUCGAUAAUAAUUUUCAGGCUCAACAAAGUGUUUUACCAGUUCAGUUAUUCAAUGUUGCUAAUCUAUUGUCUCCAAAAAUUUGUAUUUUACUUGACGUUGGCACUAAACCUUCUUAUACUUCAAUUUACAAUUUGUGGAAAGCUUUUAACUGUGAUUCUCAAGUUGGUGGUGCUUGUGGAGAAAUCAAAGUGGAUCUUGGUCAUAAAUACAAAAACCUUUUAAAUCCUUUGGUCGUGUCUCAAAACUUUGAAUAUAAAAUGUCUAAUAUUUUAGAUAAACUAUUGGAAUCUGUUUUUGGUUACAUCUCUGUAUUACCAGGUGCUUUUUCAGCAUACAGGUAUGAAGCUUUAAAGAAUAAUGAACAAGGCGAAGGACCUUUGGCAAUAUACUUUAAGGGUGAGAAAAUGUAUAGAUCUGAUGCUGAUAAAACUGAAAUAUUUGAAGCAAAUAUGUACCUGGCUAAAAACUUCUUUUCCACAGAAGUUCUGCCGAUAGAUUUUAAGAGUCCAUCAAGUAUUAAAGAAGCCCUAAGAAAUCCAACAUUCCGUGAUAUUGUAAUUUCUGUUGCUUCAACUUAUAUAUUAUAUCUUUUCUCAUCAUUUAUUCAUUGUGAGCUAUGGCACAUGUUUAGCUAUUUAGUCCAAUAUGUAUUACUUGUUCCUUUCUACAUAAAUAUUCUUACGAUUUAUGCUUUUUGUAAUACUCAUGACAUUUCCUGGGAUACUAAAGGUGAUAAUAUUAAAGUAGAAAACUCGAAUGCUGUAUUAACUAAUGACAAUAGUGAAACAGAUGUUUUUCUGACCGGCAAAACUGAAAUUAAUAAAGAAUAUGAUAAUAUUAUUAAAGAACUUUGUAAAAGGAAACAAAAUCACAAUGCUUCUACAAAGAAAGAUGAUUAUUAUAGAUUAUUUAGAACAUAUUUUGUUCUUUCAUAG